AGGAGUUUAGUUCCAAUUGCCAGAGACUAUACUCCGGCCAUGGAUUGCUCCUGGAGCGAUGCCGCCCUGCUCCAGGACCAAAACGUCCUCAGUUUACUUCCGCCUUACCUAUUAGAUGCCAUCCGACAUGGCUCGACGCCUAUAUAUCUUGACGCCAUUUCUGCAGCGGCGCUUGACCCCAGGUUAACCACUACAAUAUUUACCUAUUACGAAGACCUAUUCGCCGAUUCUUGCGCAAGAUGGGUCCUUUCUACUCGAUUGCCGGAGCAAUUCAAAUCGGUGCUCUCGGCUUUUGCACGCAUUCUGCCUUUUGCGCCUCAUUUGUCUGUCUACGCCGAAGAGCUUUUACGACGACGGGAAGGGAAUAUAUUUGCAGUCUUUUCUGCUAAUUCUCAGGUGGACCUAAAUGCUUUACAGGACGCGGAUCUUCAGGAUCUGCUGCUUACAACUUUUCGACUGUUGGUCCAUGAUAACGAGAUUUUUGGAAAGCGCAUUCUGCCCUCGAAGCUUCAGUUGCUGCUGAGACAUACCAGCAGACAGGUACGAUACCUGGCAAUUAGGGUACUUAGUCUGUACUUGCAUGCGGCGGAUGCGGCAACGCAUAGCAUGAUACAGAAAUAUUUAGGGGAGGAUGCUGUCGAGGGCGAAUGGGAAGGUCGUCAGAUCGAUUAUGGAUUCCUGAGCCUUUGGGAGGAGAAAAGAAUGGAAGACUUAGGAAAGCAGCUCGAAACAAUUAGAGCGGCUCGACGCUCGGAAUUAACAGACGGCCCCACAGCCCGAUUGCUCACACAGCAAGAUCUUUCACCUCUCGUCGCAAAUUUUUAUGGUGUUCUAGUCCCACGGUUGCAGGGACCUCCGACACAAUCCUCUGCGCUGGUUGAAACACCGACGACUGUGGAUAAUGUGAGGUCUAUUGCUAGAGCGCUCCUUAUGCCGGACCCAGUUCUCAUGCUGGGUGUGGCUGGUUCGGGAAAGACUUCGUUGAUCGCAGAUGCGGCACGAGAGCUGAACGUGGGAUCAUCAAUGGUCACGCUCCACUUGAACGAGCAGACAGACGCGAAGCUUCUGAUUGGAAUGUACACGACAGCCUCCACGCCCGGAUCCUUUACAUGGCGGCCCGGUGUUCUGACUACCGCUGUUCGAGAGGGCCGCUGGGUUUUCAUCGAAGAUCUAGACCGUGCCCCGGUUGAAGUUAUAAGCGUUAUCCUGCCACUGAUUGAGAGCGGCGAGCUGUUGAUCCCGAAUCGGGGUGAGAGGGUACAAGCUGGAAGAGGGUUCAAGCUUGUUGCAUCCAUCAGAACCAACUACAACCCCCGAGGGGAAGAAAUCAUGCCUGGCACAAACAUGUUGAGCAACCGGCUGUGGCGGCGGGUUAAUGUGAAAAUGCCAAAAGAUGAGGAACUGCAGAAGAUUAUUGCGAACGCUUUCCCUCUACUACACGCUUUCGUUCCCUCCAUUAUGAACGUCUAUUCUAGAGUCGAAGCUCUCCAUAAACAUCCGCCGCCCACCAUUACCAGCAAAGUUGCUCUCGGACGGCCAGUUGGGCCAAGAGAUCUCCUGAAAUGGUGCCGGCGUAUCCACUCUGUUCUUGAGGCUGCCGGCUCGCUCACCGGAACCGAAGCCCUCCCUGAGAAUGUUACAGACGACAUCUUCAUGGAGGCUGCCGAUUGCUUUGCCGGACACCUCCAGGCUGGAGAUGCGAAAAUAGCUCUUGCGUCGUGCAUUGCAGAGGAGAUGCACGUGCCGCCGCAACGAGUGCAGUACUUCCUCGAGGCGCACAUGCCACGAUACACCAACGCCGACAAGUCUUUCCUGGUAGGUCGAGCGAAGCUUUCUAAACGCAAAGGCCCUUCAGGAGCUACGAAGCAGGCCAAGCGCGGCGCGAACCGACCUUUCGCCGUUAAUAGACAUACCCUGCGCCUUCUGGAAAAGGUCGGAGUUGCAGUUGGCAUGGCCGAACCUGUGCUCCUAGUCGGUGAAACCGGUACAGGUAAAACCACAGUGGUGCAGCAGCUUGCGGAUUCUUUGGGUUACAAGUUGACCGCGGUCAAUUUAUCUCAGCAGAGUGAAAGCGGUGAUCUUCUGGGAGGUUUCAAGCCGGUAAAUGUGCGAAGCCUUGCUAUUCCUCUAAAGGAAGAGUUUGAUGAGCUGUUUGCCUUGACCUUUUCUUUGAAGAAAAAUCAACGAUACCUGGAUAUGCUUGGAAAGUGUGUCGCUAAGGGCCAGUGGCCCAGGGCCUCGACUCUGUGGCACGAAGCAUUGAAGAUGGUCGAGGGAGUCUUCGGCACGCUCGAAGAUACCGCUUCGUCGCCGGCCGAUGAAGAUGGUGAGCAGCCUAAGAAAAAACGCAAGAUCGAUUCGCCAGAGUACCAGAGCCUUAAGCCGAGGUGGAGAAGGUUUGCUGCGGAUGUGCGAAGUUUCGAUAUGCAGCUCUCUGGUGGCUCAGAAAGCUUCGCAUUUACCUUUAUUGAAGGAAAUAUUGUGAAGGCUGCCCGGAACGGUGAAUGGGUUCUUCUCGAUGAGAUUAACCUUGCAUCACCGGAUACGCUGGAGAGUAUUGCUGAUCUGCUUUACAGCGGAGCAGGAGAUGGACCAUCGUUACUGCUGUCCGAGACUGGCGAUGUUGAGCGGGUUCGAGCUCAUCCAGACUUUCGCAUAUUCGGUGCUAUGAAUCCAGCCACAGAUAUUGGAAAGAAGGAUCUCCCUGUUGGUUUGAGAUCUCGAUUUACAGAAAUCUAUGUGGAUAGUCCCGAUACAGAUGUCGACAGCUUGCUGAGUGUGGUCAGCGCUUACUUGGGCUCUCGAACACACUCAGAUGAGCGUGUCGCGUCUGACGUCUGUCAACUAUAUUUAGCCGCAAAGAAGCUGGCAAACGAGAAUAAGCUUGUUGAUGGCGCGAAUCAAAGACCACACUUCAGUCUUCGGACCUUGACUCGCACGCUGAGCUAUUCUAUGGAGAUUGCUCCAACUUAUGGUCUGCGCAGGGCGCUCUACGAAGGUUUCUCUAUGAGCUUCUUGACCCUUCUGGAUAAGGAGUCGGAGCGGUUAUUGAUUCCUUUGAUCGACAAGCAUCUCUUGGGAAACAGCCGAAAUGUACGGGCUGUGUUGAAUCAGACACCAAGAAUGCCAGAAGAUGGCAAGCCGUAUGUGCAAUUCGGUCAUUACUGGAUGCCCAGAGGUGAUUACCCCAUAGAGGAACAACCUCACUAUAUUAUCACACCUUUCGUGGAACGGAAUAUGCUCAAUCUUGUUCGUGCAACCUCUACAAGACGCUUCCCAGUUCUCGUCCAAGGACCCACGUCAUCCGGUAAAACCAGUAUGAUUGAAUAUCUCGCCAAGAUUACCGGAAACAAAUUCGUCAGAAUCAAUAACCAUGAACACACUGAUCUGCAAGAGUAUCUCGGUACCUACGUCUCCGACAGUAGCGGUGCGCUGCAUUUCCAGGAAGGAGUUCUUGUCACUGCGCUGCGUGAAGGACACUGGAUCGUCUUGGAUGAACUUAACCUUGCACCUACCGAUGUGCUUGAAGCAUUGAACCGUCUGCUCGAUGACAACAGGGAGCUCCUGAUCCCCGAGACUCAAGAAGUCGUCCGUCCUCAUGGAAAUUUCAUGCUCUUCGCCACCCAGAACCCGCCUGGUCUCUACGGUGGUCGUAAGGUCUUGUCUCGGGCGUUCAGAAAUCGUUUCCUAGAGCUGCACUUUGACGACAUACCCGAGGAUGAACUUGAAACGAUUCUACGUGAGCGCACGCAGAUUGCUCCAUCCUUUUGUACACGUAUUGUCUCUGUGUACAAGGAGCUGGCACUUUUACGCCAGAGCAGCAGGCUGUUUGAACAGAAGAAUAGUUUCGCUACCCUUCGUGACCUCUUUCGAUGGGCUCUGCGAGACGCUGACGAUCGAGACCAGUUAGCUAUCAACGGUUUCAUGCUAUUGGCAGAAAGAGUGCGAAAGGCCGAAGAACGGGACGCUGUCAAGCAUGUGAUCGAGAAGGUUAUGCGGGUCAAGAUUAAUGAGGAAGCACUUUAUGGCGAAAAGGCAUUCUCUGAUGAAAGCUUCUCCGCAGAGAAAUUUGCAUCUCAUGGGGUCGUCUGGACUAGAGCUAUGCGCAGAUUAUACGUGCUUGUCCAAAGGGCUCUCGCGAGCAAUGAACCGGUUCUUUUGGUCGGUGAGACGGGUUGCGGUAAGACCACUGUCUGUCAAUUACUGGCAGAGGCUGCCGGGAAGAAACUUCACAUUGUCAAUGCUCACCAGAAUACUGAAACUGGAGAUUUGAUUGGAGCUCAGAGGCCUGUGCGUAACCGUGCUGUAAUUGAGUUGCAGCUUGAACGAGAUCUAAUCGAGGUCUUUACGCACCACUGUCAACGGGGGCCGCCGCCACUUGAUGAACUGGAUGAAAUGAUUCGGGAAUAUUCCACUCUGGAUCCGGCCGCUUUAGAAAAGAUUCCGAGUUCAUUGCGGGUUAGGAUUGAAACGAACCGUGUCAAGGCGAAGGCAUUAUUCGAAUGGGCCGAUGGUAGCCUUGUCACGUCCAUGAAGACGGGCCAAUAUUUCCUGCUAGAUGAAAUUUCGUUGGCGGAUGAUUCUGUUCUUGAACGACUGAAUAGUGUUCUUGAGCCCUCACGGACUCUCCUUCUUGCGGAGAAGGGCUCCAACGACGCUUUUGUCGUCGGCGUGGAUGGCUACCAGUUCCUCGCUACAAUGAACCCUGGUGGAGACUACGGCAAGAGAGAACUUUCACCGGCUCUGCGAAACCGUUUCACGGAGAUAUGGGUACCGCCAAUGACUGAGAUUGAUGAUGUCCUCCAGAUCGUCGGGGCCAAGUUGACACCUUCAGCGGUCAGCCUGGCUGAGCCCAUUGUCAAGUUCGCUGAAUGGUUUGGAGCGACCUACAACACUUCAGUUGCUUCCUCGAUUUCGAUUCGUGAUGUUCUCGCACUGGUAAAUUUUGUGAACCAGUCGAACAGCCCUGACCUCAAGUUUUCGAUGUUGCAUGGGACUUCCAUGGUGUAUAUUGACACCCUCGGAGCCAAUCCCGCCGCUAUGCUAGCUAUUCCGCAAAACCGCAUUCCGGAGGAAAGGCGAAGAUGUAUCGAUCAGCUCAGCAAGCUUCUCGAGAGUGAUGUCACAUCGGUCUACAUGGAAGACGUGCAGAUCUCUGCCAACGAGAAGGCUCUGCACAUUGGUCCAUUCGCUCUGCCACGCGAGCAAGGUUCUUCUGAUGACCUGAGCUUCAAUCUACAUGCCCCAACUACGAAAUUGAAUGCUAUGCGAAUCCUCCGAGCAUUACAGCUGAAGAAGCCUGUCCUAUUGGAAGGCAAUCCCGGCGUUGGUAAGACUACGCUUGUCGCUGCACUGGCCCGUGUCCUAGGCAAGCGCCUUACCCGGAUAAACCUGUCAGACCAGACAGACCUAAUGGACCUCUUUGGCUCUGAUGUUCCUGUUGAAGGAGCCCAAGCUGGGCACUUCGCCUGGCGUGAUGGCCCGUUCCUCAAGGCCAUGCAAGAGGGUCGCUGGGUUCUGCUCGAUGAGAUGAACUUGGCCUCUCAGUCUGUGCUCGAGGGUUUGAACGCCUGUCUUGAUCACAGAGGAGAGGUUUACAUUUCUGAACUUGAUCGCACAUUCAAGCGGCAUCCAAAUUUCACUCUUUUUGCUGCUCAAAACCCUCAUCACCAAGGUGGAGGCCGAAAAGGAUUGCCGGCGUCAUUCGUCAACCGAUUCACAGUUGUCUACCCUGAAGAGGAAAUUCGAAAGUUGAUUCAAUUCGUAUCCACAUUGGAGAACCAGGUGUCUGAGGUCAGCACCUUUGGUGUUCACGGAGGCCCCUGGGAAUUUAAUCUUCGAGAUACCCUGAGAUGGCUUGGCCUGCUCACCUGUAACACUGGCAUCCUUCGGUCAAGACAUCCGGUGGAAUUUGUGCCGAUGCUUUUCCGUCAACGUUUCCGAACCGAAAAGGAUCAGGCGCAUGUUGUGCAUUUAUGCAUGGAUAUUUUUGGAUCUAGCUUCCAGCAGCCCGUCCUACACACCAGCCUGGACUUGACUCAUAUUCAAGUUGGGCUUGGAGUGCUUCCUCGAGAUAAUGUCCUGCAACCGACACAAGUGCUUGCCUCUAACCUUCCCAAAUCGCAAUUGCAAGUCAUUGAGUCCUUGAUGAUUUGCAUACAACAAGGCUGGCCGAGCAUUCUUGUUGGUCCAUCUGGCUCAGGUAAAACAAGCUUACUUCGCCAGGUGUCAGCUCUGGCAGGUGUGCCUCUUGUUGAAUUUGCUCUUAAUGCCGAGAUUGAUACGAUGGACUUGGUUGGAGGAUAUGAGCAAGUUGACCCCCAGAGGAACGCUACCAAAUUUUUCUUACAGCUCGAGCGAUUUGCGAGGGCAUGGCUAGUCUCAGAGCACGCUGCCGGUGGCCCGUCUACUGAAGGGAUCCAUCUUCUCGAGAACAUGCUCGCCUCGCUGGGCCCUACACCGAAUCUCCUUGCGAUUCACCAGUCCUUGGCUAUUUUGCAGCGCCUGAGGCAGUCAGACGACAUCGCAAAUCUCAUUGACAUCUCCAAGGCUCUCCUGGAUGAGGCACAGGUCGUUGAUAAGGCUCGCUUUGAAUGGGUCGAUGGUGUCCUGGUCGAGGCAGUGGAGCAGGGGAAAUGGCUCGUUCUUGACAAUGCCAAUCUCUGCAGCGCUUCCGUGCUAGACCGGCUGAAUUCCUUGCUUGAGCCUAACGGUGUGCUGAUCAUCAAUGAGCAUCGCACUGCAGAUGGCAGCGCUAAAGCUAUCAAGCCUCAUCCAAAUUUCAGACUCUUCCUCACUAUGGAUCCUCGAUAUGGCGAGCUAUCCCGGGCAAUGAGAAACAGAUCCAUCGAAAUCUACCUGUAUCCAUUUGAGAACAUGGAAGCCAUUCCAGAUGCUCAGUCUAAGCACUUCACACUUGACUCGGCAAUGUCCCGCUUCAGAGCGCUCAGACAGAUUCCUCAAAUCCAGCCUCCCACUAAUCUCGCGAACGAAAUUUUCGGCAUUGGGUUGGACCACCUUUCCCUGGCAGACACGAAGUUAUUGUCUAGGUGGCUAGGCCAAGCUGUUGAAGGGCUUUUAGAGUAUGCUCGGGAAGACGUCGUCACAUCACUUGUCCAUAGGAAACGCAUUGCUUUCUCGAAUCCCCAGGGCAGUGGCUUUAACGCGCUCGCGAACUUCUACACCGAUAUGGCCCAGGGGACUGGAAUGGAUCCUGCAUUUAAAGAUGUGCAACCUCUUCAUCCUCUUAUUAACGAAUCCUUGCUUCCCGUAUACGCUAUUACUUCGCAGGACCCUUAUCCGCUUGCAGCCAUCUACGAACUAUCGAUGGAAUUGCUUGCCAUGGACCAGGAGCUGAAUCUUGUUGUAAAGGCAUCUCAAUCACAGAAACCGUCGCAGAUGACUCGUCUGGAGAGGUCUAUUGCUUCAACCAGGAUAGCCAACUUUACCAAAGACUCUACAUAUCCUUUGUUUUCAUUCUUGGUUACACUCCGUCAGACCCUGCUUGACUGGGCCAAUGAAGUUUUGCAGAAUCUCCAGGCGGUGCCACCAUCAAUGCUUGGGUUUGUUCGAGGAGUAACCUCGUAUUGGUGGAGCAUUUUCCACCUUGGACAGUCCAAGUCUUUCGAUGACGCUGUUUUCCAAGUUCACCUAGAGAUUGGCCGUACGAUAGUCUCCGCAUUGCAGGCUAUUGAUGGACCAUCAGAACGUCUUCUUCAAGGAGUUUCGUCGUCUUUGGACUCCUUCAAGAUGGCCUGGCAGUUGACAACCGGACUUUCCAUGGAGAGGUUGUGGAACGCACUCAAACCCGCAACUCCUCCAACGAUGGACCGAUUGCAGAUGCUGUUGCACAUUGAACAGCUCGCUGAUCGAUUUGAUGCUCUGUUAUGGAAGAUCAAAGCUCCUUUGACCGAUUUGAGCACUGCCCGGGCCCUGAUCCACGCGGCCCAAGAUGCGAUUGUCCUUCAGGGAGCUGAUGGUGACACUCUGUUCAAAGAACUUACCGAAGCUGUUGGUAGCCUAGAGCAGGAAGUCAAUGAGGAUCAAGGCGUCGUUCGGCCCUUUUUCCAGGAAGAAUUUGAGGGCAUCUGCCAGUACCAUGAUCUUCUCUGGAGGAAGCAAUCGGCGGUCGCUCUUGACCCAGUUGCCGAACUUCUCUCCGGCCGAGCAAGCAAAUCCCGGUAUCAGCGCAAGCAACAAGGCGAAGUCUCUGAGAUUUUUGCGCGAUUAUCAAUUUACGCGAACAGUCGUGAGAAGAGCAGCUUCAUUGCGCUCCGUGGCGUGUUGCCGUCCGUGGUCUUACGCAAGACCGUCGCCCAUGGGGAUGCUACACUCAAGCAGAUUAAUCUCCUUGAGACGGAAUUGAAGAGUCUCGGGCAAAGCAUUGCUCGAAGCACAACUGCAAUGGCACUUGAUCAGCUAAGGCUACUUAAUGCUGCUUUGUGCUCGUUGCUGAAGGCCACCCUUCAGGCACAUCAGUCUUUCUUCGAACAGGAUUCCUUGGAGACCUUCUUCGCAUACUUGGAUACAAUUGCGGAACCAUGGCAGUAUGCAGAAUCAGAGAAUCAAUGUUCUCACAUUCCAGCGCUUCCUUUCAAGCAGACGGUAGGAUCCGAAGACAAUGCGCGAAAGAUAAUCUCAGACUAUCUGUUCCCUUGUGUCGCGCAUUUGAGUAAGGCUCUUCUCGAGACUGCUGGCCGUUUCUAUGAAACAUCUGCUGCUUGGACCUACUUUUCAAUUGGAUGUCUCCUUCUUUACCUACCAGACCGUCCUUUCGAUCCGGCUCUUAAGCCUUUCGUUGAAAGACAACGCCACAACGAUCGCAGAUUGAAUUUAGAGAAAGAGCUUUUCGCUCUGAAGUGGUUCCAGCAAAUGGCUACCGGCCAAGAUACAAAUGUGCGCUGCCGAAUUAUCGAGUCUGAGCUCCAGACAAUGGGAGAAGAGCCGGCUGUGCCAAACAUUGCUAGGCCGGAGAAAUCUGAAUUGAGCAGACUCCAAGGCGACUUCCUCAAUUUACUUAACUCUGUCGUCCGCCGACAGCCUGAAACCAACUUGUUGUCUGCAGUAGCCGAGAAAGCUCCCGAAGCUGUUGCAGAGGCCAAACUUAUGCGGCAGAAUAUAACACAAAUCAGCCGUCGACUGUCAGAAAGCUUCCGUGCCUAUGCAGACAUCACCGCCCCUGCCAUUGGCAUCUUGCAAUGCUUGGAUAUCGGUCUCUCGCUUGCAAUUUCUCAGGGUGUCGAGUCGAGCGAUGCGUCAAAGGUCAUUGAGUAUUUCGCUCAAACGGUGCCGUUCAUGGGCGGCAGGCACUGGAAUCUUGGCUUGUCUUCCGACUUGUCCCUUGCUGCUGGAAGCUUCGAUCAGCGUAUGCAUCGCCUUAAGACCAUGUGUGCAGUUGAAAGAGUCGAACGUGGUAAUCAAGAUCCUGCAAGCUCAGCAAGACGCAAUUUCUUCCUUGAAGCUUUCCAAAGAUAUUACAGCGAAUGGAAGGAAAAGCUAGCUGCUGACCAAGAGAAAACUGCCGCUACUUCUGGACUCUACCGCUAUCGAGGUGGAAGUGGAGAUGAAGACGAAAUGGACGAGCAAGAAUUCCAAGAAACGUUCCCUACUUACGAAGACUCGGAAGAGGAUCAAGAACCAGCUACGGAAUCGUCGACUGUCCGCGAUCCCAAGUCGCUCGCUAUUCGUCUUGCCGAGCUACAUGGAAGCGUUCUCAGCGGCUCCACGUCGGCUUUCGAGGAGCUCAAGUCUCUUUUCGAGGCUUCUGCCUCCGAGAUUGGAAAACUUGACCUAGAUAGUGAUGCGUUCUUACCCACAACUGCCGUGGAAGAUCAACUCUCAGCUUCUCUCGCCUCUGUCGCCAAAGUUUUGGAUGGUUUGCAGCCUACGACCGCAACCCCUAGGUUGUAUAACUUCUAUGUUGAUCCGAAUAUCCCCGAAACACGAAAUCUUCUCGCCUUGGUUCACCGAAUUCAGUACCGUUUCGCAGCAAUCCGUGAGACUUGGCCCGAGCACGCAACACUCUCAGAUGUAUUGAAUGUUUGCGAGGAAAUCCUGGCCUUCCGCUAUAUCGAGCCUGUGGCAAAGCUGAUGACCAAGGUUGAAAAGCUUCACGGACAUGUUCACGAGUGGCAAACGGUUGCGAGCAGAGAAUAUUCAGCCGCAGCGCUCUAUGAUGAACUCACCUCUCUGUUAGUCAGCUGGCGUCGGCUUGAGCUGGCAACGUGGGCCCGCCUAUUCGAUAUUGAAAAUGAAAAAUGUGAGAGUGAUGCCAGGGCAUGGUGGUUCGUAGCCUACGAAGCUGUCGUCGCCGCUCCUCUUGCAUUGGCAGAAAAGGGGGAGCAACUGGGAGAGCACUCUAGAGAACUCUUGCGAACCCUAGAAGGCUUUUUCUCCUCCACCUCGCUAGGACAAUAUGCUCAGCGACUCCGACUCCUAGAGCAACUCAAGACACAUCUUUCGCUCAUCGCGCAGGAAGUGCCUCAGAUCAAGAUCAUUAUUACUGCGCUGGAGAACUUCCUAAGCUUCUACUCUCGAUACGAAAGAUCCGUCAAGGAAGCGAUUGAAAAGGGCCGGCAAACGCUCGAGAAGGACAUGAAAGAGGUCGUCUUGCUUGCAAGCUGGAAGGACACCAACAUUGUUGCUCUGCGCGAAAGUGCCAAGCGAUCUCACCACAAGCUUUUUAAGCUUGUCCGAAAAUACCGCACAUUGCUCUCUGGACCAAUCGACAGCAUCUUGAGCCAGGAUAUCCCAGAUGAAACCGAUGAUGCUUCGCAAAAGAUCAUCACCUUUGCAGAGCCAACUAUUCCAGGGGUUGAUCAUGAAGCCUUGCAAAUGUGUCAGAAAUCCGUGCCGAAUUGGAUCAACAGGCCAACGCGUUUCACUAAUGCGACGACUACCAUUAACGUAAUGGCCAAGACUGCGGCUGCGCCGGAAGCUGCGUUGGACGGAUCUGGCCUCCUAGAAGAAUUUACGACAAAUAUCAUAUCCUCUAUGGCGGAGCUGCAAAAGCAGACGCCUUCCACACUCACGAAAGAUAACAAGGAGGAAGUCAAACAUCUCAAAUCCAGGAAGCGGAAGUUGUUCUCUGACACCCUCAAAGAAAUGCGACAGAUGGGCUACAAGUCAAACUUGAACGCGGCAACUCUGGAGAAGCAAGCCUCUGUUAGCACGAUCUUUGCGACAACUAUUUCCUUGCCAACUGGCUUGGAUCUGCCUGCGGCAGUUAGUGCAGAGGGCUACCUCUACCGACUUUUGGACUUCAUGCCUCGAGUUCGAGAGUCUUCUCGUGAACAUUCUGGUGACUUGACUGGCGCUGAGGUUGCACGUAGCGUUGGAUUCUUGGAAGGAAUGCUGAAUGCGUCUAUCAACCAGCGAGGCGUGCUCUCCGAAUCCAUGGCACAUCUCAACGCGCUGAAGUCUGCAGUCUCACAGAUUGCAAACCUUUGGUCGCCCAAGGAUUAUGAACUCUGCCAGAUUGCAUCUGCUAGCUCGCAAGGGGUACGCAAGGCGGUCAGAUGGCUCUCUCCAAUUCUCGAAAUGGGACUUGCUAUCAUUAGGACGCAUGCAAGACUAGGUCAACUCCAUUUCGAAGAGGUCGAGGGUGGAAUGGUCAACUGGAAGGCAAAGAUGAAUAGCCUAGCUAGCGAAUGGGAGGCGCUGCCGGCCAUGCCCAAGGGCGUCUCUACGACUGCACAUGCUCGCCUUUCCGUGCAAUCUCGCGAAUCUUUGGCCACGUUAAAGGAACAGGUUCUCCAGUGGACUGAAAAGUAUCCCUUGAUUGGCUUUGCCUUGAAGCAGGUUCUACUUUGGACUACGCCUUAUGAGAACGUUGAUGGAGCGGGCACAGAUGCAAUGACCGAUGGCACCGAAGAAUAUGGCAUUGACAAUCUUGAUCAAGGACUUACAAACUCACUUGAUUCCAUCCUGGUUGCUAUUCAAAGAAUUCAAGAGGUCAAUUCGUCGUUGCCUUCCUCAACCGACGACGCUGGUUGGAUGUCACGGGUUGAUGGUAGCCAAGCUUCCGCCUUACGGUCCCUUCAGCCGAGAAACAUUUGCUCUCUUCUUGAAGGAGUAAUGGGCAAAUUGGGUCAUUCGGAUAUCCUUGUUGGCGGAAGAGCAUCCGUGGCUGCUUCCCUCUUUUCAAUGGCUCUUCCCAUCAUCCGCAAGUACGAAGCUAUAUACAGCCAGGCUGUUGCGCAAUAUGCCCUGCUUCAUCGCUCGACUUGCAAGACUGCGUACGUUCUUGCAAAAUCCUUCACGACAAUCAGCAAACAAGGAUUCUGCGAACCCUCCGAAAAGUCUGCUGGCGAUCAAGGUCAGGGUGACAAACUUGAGAGUGGAACUGGACUAGGCGAGGGUGAAGGUGCCGAGGAUAUUAGUAAAGACAUUCAAGAUGAUGAAGAUCUGAGCGAGCUCGCACAACAACCUGACGCAAAGGAUGACAACAAGGAAGAUAUUGAAGACGAAAAAGACGCUGUUGAUAUGCAGCACGAUGAGCUGGAAGGCGAGAUGGGAGACGCUUCUGAUAAGGGCGAAGAUGAUGAAGAAGGCGGAUCUGAUAAAGAGGAAGAAGAAAACGAUAUGGACGAGGAAGCUGGUGACGUUGAUGACCUUGACCCCACUGCCGUUGACGAAAAGAUGUGGGAUGGUGGAGGCGAUGAUGCCGAGAAGGACCAAGAAGGUGAUCAGUCCAAGGGCGAGAAGAAAGAUGACGAGCAGGUCGCUGGCCAAGAGAAUGACAAGCAGCAAGCUCAGGAAGGAGAUGAUGCAAAUGAGCAGGAAGAAAAUGAAGAAGAUGAUGAGGCCGAUGAAGGUGGCGCUCAAGAGAGCGAGGAAGUCAAAGGCGAAGAGCCUGAGAAGGCUGAUCCCCAAACGCAGGAGGGCGAGACGCUUGAUCUCCCUGAAGACAUGCAAAUGGAUGGGGAUAAGGGCGAAGAGAAGGAAGAUGAUAUCGAUGACGAUAUGAUGGAUGACUUGCCGGAAUUAGAGCCGGAGAAGGAGGAUGAAAUGCAAGCUGAAGGAGAGCAAGAAGACGCGGAAGGUGAGGGCGAAGGCGAAGAACAAGACCAGGGCCCCGAAGACGAAAACCUCGAUGCCCCCGACUUGGAUGCCGAGCAGGGCGAGAAUGAGGAAGGCGAAAAGACCGAAGAGGCAGGCGAGCAACAAGACGAGGAAAUGGAAGAUGCUGGCCAAGAAGAGGAAGAACAGGAGAAAGAAGGUCUCCUCCAGAAUCGCAGCGACGAUGCAGCCAACAAUGCAGAAAAUGCUGCGCCGAGUGAGGUUCAGGGCGUGGGUGAAGACCAGAACCAAGAAAAGGACGAAGCCAAUGCUGCAUCUAGCGCCAAACAGGACGCUGGCUCAAAGGGCGAUUCAGACAAUGCCGAACAGCAAGAAGCACCUUCCAAUGAAGGCCAGCUUGGCCAGCCCAGCCAGCAGCCCGAAGGCGGAAAAGACGCCGAGGAAGAGGAAACUCGGGACAGCAAUGAAAGUCAAGCCUUUAAGAAACUUGGCAGUGCUCUUGAGCGUUGGCAUCGCCAGCAACGCGAAAUCCGUCCGGCUUCAGAGCAACAAGAGGGCAAGGACCAAGAGCAACAACAAUCCCACCCCAACGAACAAGAUGCCAAGGAUAUGGAAUUCGAACAUCUCCCAGACGAGGAUGCUCAGGCCGACGCACAAGCCCUUGGUGGUGCCAACGAAGAUCAAGCCCACGCACUCGACGAGAGCAACGCUGUAGAGUCAGGCGGAGACACUCUCCCUCAAGAUUUCCCCACUGAGGAAGAGGAGCAAGCGCAACAACCAGAGACCGAAGACGCCGUCAUGGAAGAGGCCGACAAAGAGCCUCGUCCCGAGAAAGACGAAGAUGAAGAAGGCCAAAGCGGGCGCGCAGGCGCAUUCAUCCCCGAGGCCGCCUCCCGCCAAGACCGUCUCCAGCGUGAAGCUCAGUCAGAAGAAGAAGAUCCCGACCGGCUUCAAGACGUCGAUCAACAGAUGUCAACCAUCCACAUCGACUCGUCCGCCGGCGCCGAGGACGACGAGGCCGCUCUGUUGCCCCGCUCCGCCGACGAAGCGCGCCAUCUCUGGGGCCACUACGAGUCCAUCACUCGCGAUCUUUCUCUCUCCCUGACCGAACAACUCCGCCUCAUUCUCGCGCCCACCCUGGCCACCAAAAUGCGCGGCGACUUCCGCACGGGCAAACGCCUCAACAUCAAGCGCAUCAUUCCAUACAUUGCAUCCCAAUACAAGCGCGACAAGAUCUGGAUGCGCCGCUCCAUCCCGUCCAAGCGCAACUACCAAAUCAUGCUCGCCGUCGACGACUCCAAGUCCAUGGGCGAGAGCGGCAGUGGCGAUCUCGCAUUCGAAACCCUCGCUCUCGUCUCUCGCGCCAUGAGCAUGCUCGAAGUCGGCGAGAUCAGCGUCCUCGGCUUCGGCGAUAACGUCCGCGUCGCGCAUCCCUUCGACAAGCCCUUUUCGUCCGAAGCAGGCGCGCAGAUCUUCCAGCAGUUUGGCUUCCACCAGACCAAGACGGACGUCAAGAAACUCGUCGCCAAUGCCAUUAGUCUCUUCCGCGAUGCCAAGAACAAGUCCAGCGGCCCUUCUGGAGGAGGCGACAUGUGGCAGCUCCUCCUCAUCAUUAGCGAUGGCGUGUGCGAGAAUCACGAUACCAUUCGCAGACUCGUAAGAGAAGCUCAAGAGGAACGCAUCAUGAUUGUCUUUGUCGUCGUCGACGCAUUGAGAAAUACCCCUGGUUCUGCAGCUGCAGCUGGUGGUGCCGGUAGCGGUGCCGGGAACUCUAUUAUGGAUAUGAGUUCUGCCGAGUUCGAAGCAGGCCCCAAUGGCGAAAUGAAGCUCAAGAUGAAGAGAUAUCUUGAUACCUUCCCCUUUGGGUACUAUCUUGUCGUCACGGAUGUCAGGGAACUGCCUGGAGUCUUGGCUGCCGCGUUGAGACAGUGGUUCGCCGAGGUUGCUGAUACUGCUUGAUCCGUCCGGGAGGGGUCCGGGUAGUGGUGGAGGGCUUAUUUUGAAGAUAUUAAAGUUAUAUAAUUGCGUCGUUGCGGCGUUGUAUAUACUGUUCGUUUUUUUUUUCUGGCACUGCAUUUCUCUGGCGUCGGGUACAUAGAAAAGUUGUAUAUUUUAUUCGUAUAUUUAUUUAUUUUUUUCUUUUCCUUUCUUUUCUAUUCUUAUUUGCCUUUUAUUUACUUCCCCGCAGAUAGGCUCUAAUCUUUCAAGAAUUUAGAUUUUAUCAGAAUUAUAUCUACCAUUCAGACAGACCUGGGCUCGUCCUGAUGAAUAUAGCGUCAAACGUGUACCUGAAUAAGUUAACUCCUUAUCAAGUAGAGAGAGG